AUGGAGGAAAGAAAGAGACUUUUCUGCUGUUUUCUCUUCGCGGCGCAGCUCUGCCUGAGCUCGGCACAAGUCCUCAGAAUCGGUGGCAUCUUCGAGACCCGAGAGAGCGAGUUAGUGAGCAUGGAUGAGCUCGCUUUUAAGUUCGCUGUAAAUAACAUAAACCGCAACAAAACCCUGAUGCCCAACACCACUCUGACCUACGACAUUCAGAGGAUCAACCUCUUCGAUGGGUUCGAGGCUUCCAGGAGAGUGUGUGACCAGCUUGCUCUCGGGGUGGUUGCAGUGUUCGGCCCCUCUCACAGCUCCUCGGUCAGUGCCGUUCAGUCCAUCUGCAAUGCUCUGGAAGUCCCUCACAUACAGACUCGCUGGAAACACCCGUCAGUGGACAACAAAGACACCUUCUUCAUCAAUCUGUAUCCUGAGUACACCGCCAUCGCCAGGGCCAUCCUGGACGUAGUCACAUUCUUCAAGUGGCGGAAGCUGACGGUGGUUUACGAGGACAGCACGGGUCUGAUGCGGAUGCAGGAGCUGAUCAAGGCUCCGGCAAAGUUCAACUUGAAGAUCAAGAUCCGCCAGCUCACCCCGGGUAACCAGGAUGCUCGACCGCUGCUUAAGGAGCUGAAGAAGGACAGGGAGUUUUUUAUUAUCUUUGACUGCUCCUAUCGCAUGGCUGCAGAGCUCCUCAAACAGCUUUCAUCGAUGGGAAUGAUGACAGAGUACUACCACUUCUUCUUCACGACUUUGGAUUUGUUUGCCCUGGAUCUGGAGCCGUACCGUUACAGCGGGGUCAACAUGACGGGCUUCAGACUGUUGAACAUUGAUGAUCCGUGGGUGACCUCUACAAUGGACAAAUGGGCCAUGGAAAGACUGCAGGGUCCAAAACAAGAGAGCGGCCUGAUGGAUGGAGUCAUGACUACGGACGCAGCCUUGAUGUAUGACGCAGUGUUUAUGGUUGCCGUUGCGUCCCAGCGAGCCACUCAGAUGACCGUCAGCUCCCUGCAGUGCCACCGCCACAAACCUUGGCGCUUCGGACCACGCUUCAUGAACCUUUUCAAAGAGGCACAGUGGGACGGACUGACAGGGCACAUUGUCCUUAAUAAGACAGAUGGCCUGAGGAGAGACUUUGAUUUGGACAUCAUCAGCCUCAAAGAGGACGGCACUGCCAGGGGCAUCGUGGAGGGCGGAAGUCGCCUCACGAAAAGGUGGAUCAAGAUUGCUGUGUGGAACUCGUACAAGGGGAUGAACCUGACGGAGAAGUCCGGCCGAGACAAGAAUAACAAUGUGACAGACUCUCUGGCUAACAGGACUCUUAUUGUCACCACAAUACUGGAAAAUCCAUAUGUGAUGGUAAAGAAGUCAGAGAAGGAGUUGAUUGGGAAUGACCGAUAUGAGGGCUACUGUCUGGACCUUUUAAAAGAGCUCUCCAACAUCUUGGGUUUCACGUAUGAAGUCAGGCUGGUUGGUGAUGGGAAAUAUGGAGCCCAGAAUGACAAGGGAGAGUGGAACGGGAUGGUCCGAGAGCUGAUCGACCAUGUUGCAGACCUUGCUGUGGCUCCUCUCACCAUCACAUAUGUCAGAGAGAAGGUCAUCGACUUCUCCAAGCCCUUCAUGACUUUAGGUAUCAGCAUCCUGUACCGGAAACCUAACGGCACCAAUCCGGGCGUGUUCUCCUUUCUUAAUCCUUUGUCUCCGGACAUCUGGAUGUAUGUGCUGCUGGCCUGCACGGGAGUCAGCUGUGUGCUCUUUGUGAUUGCCAGGUUCACGCCGUACGAGUGGUACAACCCCCAUCCAUGCAACCCUUCCUCAACUCUGAUACAGAACAAUUUCACCUUACUCAACAGUUUCUGGUUUGGCGUCGGAGCUCUCAUGCGGCAAGGCUCGGAGCUGAUGCCCAAGGCCUUGUCUACUCGUAUAGUUGGGGGUAUCUGGUGGUUUUUCACUCUAAUCAUCAUCUCCUCCUAUACUGCCAACUUAGCAGCCUUUCUGACCGUGGAACGAAUGGACGCACCCAUCGACUCGGCAGACGACCUGGCCAAACAGACCAGGAUUGAAUAUGGAGCUGUGAGGGACGGAUCCACCAUGACAUUCUUCAAGAAAUCAAAGAUCUCCACCUAUGAGAAGAUGUGGGCUUUCAUGAGCAGCAGGAAGAACACUGCAUUAGUUAAGAACAACAGGGAGGGCAUCACCCGGGUCUUGACGACAGACUACGCCAUGCUGAUGGAGUCCACCAGCAUCGAGUACAUCAGCCAGAGAAACUGCAACCUCACACAGAUCGGAGGUCUCAUAGACUCCAAGGGCUACGGAGUGGGAACGCCUAUCGGUUCUCCAUACAGAGAUAAAGUCACCAUCGCCAUCCUUCAGCUGCAGGAGGAAGGGAAGCUGCACAUGAUGAAGGAGAAGUGGUGGAGAGGAAACGGCUGUCCAGAGGAGGACAACAAGGAGGCCAACGCCUUGGGCGUAGAAAACAUCGGCGGUAUCUUCAUCGUCCUGGCCGCCGGUCUGGUCCUGUCCGUGUUCGUAGCUAUCGGAGAGUUCAUCUACAAGGCCCGCAGGAACGCCGACAUAGAGGAGGCGUUUUGUUUCUUUUAUGGGGUGCAAUCCCGUCAGUUUCAGCGGCGCGGCUCCACCUCCUCCUCUGGCACCUCCUUAUCUACCGAUCUGGAGAGCGGCAGGCUGCUGGGGGAUGACACAGAGUAG